AUGGUCUCUGCUGGUGGACGUCGCGAACGAGAUCGCUGCGCUUCAAGGCAGUGGACGCUCUCUGGAGCGAGCGGAUUCAAGCCAGUGGGCAAGCGAAAUGCCAUCCUGCAAAGACCCCUGUCGUAA